CAGAUGAGGCAAACUCCUCCCCAAACCCUGAAAAAUCCUUUUCUUCUAACUUGGUCUUGCAUUUCUUGGUCUCUGCUCUUCACUGAACAUGGAGGCAAGCUGGUUAGUUGUCCUGCUUAGGGCAGGGGUCCAGCUCUUGGCCUUCCCUAUAUACUUGCUGUGCUAUCUGGGCUUGUGGGGCCCCUUUUGCAAGAAGGCAUUCCCACACUUCAUGGCCCGCGUAGCUGUUUAUUAUAAUGAGAAGAUGGCCCCCAAGAAAAAGGAGCUUUUCAGCAACCUGAAGGACUUUGCAGGCCCCUCAGGGGUGCUCACGCUACUGGAGAUUGGUGCAGGAAGUGGAACUAACUUUGAGUUCUACCCAGCAGGAUGCAGACUCAUAUGCAACGAUAACAAUGACAACUUCAGAAAAUUCCUUGACAAGAGUCUGUCUCAGAAUCGGCACCUGCAGCUGGAGCGCUACGUAAUAGCACCAGCUGAAGACAUGCCACAGAUACCAAACGCAUCUGUCGACGUUGUGGUUUGCACCUUGGUGUUGUGCUAUGUGGAGAGCACAGAAAGAGUCCUAAAGGAAGUUCUACGAGUGCUGCGACCAGGUGGCGCUUUCUACUUCAUGGAACACGUUGCAGGUGCUCCUUUCAGCUGGAGUCUCUUCUGGCAGCAAAUCUAUGAUCCUGUUUGGCAGAUCUUGUUUGAUGGCUGCCACCUGGCUAGAGAGACCUGGAGAGACCUGGAAAAAGCUGGAUUCUCAGAACUGAAGCUGUGGCAUAUACGUGCCCCUGUAAUAUGGCAUCCUGCGCAGCCUCAUAUCAUAGGCUAUGCUGUAAAGUAACUAAAUAAUAAAGACAAUUAUGCAGGAUUUCAUAAACACCUGUGUAUGCAGAUGACUGUGUUAAUCUCCUGUAUUAUCUGUGAUAAUGUCCCGAAUACGAGAAUUUUUCAUCAUUAGGAACUAUUAAUGCUAUUCUCCAUCAAUGCACUGGGUCCAUAGGAAAGUCUGAAUUUCAGCCAGUACUGCCACAUACAAAUUAAUUGGUAGGUGACUGAGAAUUGUACUUUGCUAUAUUUCCUGCAGCGCCUAGUACUGUGCCCCUUUUCUGGGUCCUGAAGUAUAUAUGCCUAUAAAUUCAUCAUUACUAAUAUAAUAAUAAUCUCUAUUAUUAGUGAUCCACGCGACGGUCACCUUGAGGCU